GGCCGGUGGAGCAAGAGCUCCUCAUUCGCUGUCGGGCUGCGAUCGUGAUCGCUUCGUUCGUUGUUUUUUGUUUUUGUUUUGGAUCGUUAGGGGAUCUCCGAUCGCUGAUCGCUGGUAGCAGUUCGUUGCGCGACUCUGUCCCGUGCACAUCGUUAAAGUUUUCGGCUUCGGAUAUAAAAAUAAAUAUACAUAUAUGUUUCGUAAAUGAAAAUAACCGAAAUAGACGGAAAGCGGGUGCAGAAAUAAACCAAAACGUGUGUAAUUGUGCCCCAAUCACCAAAGUCAACAAAUAAGCAGCAACAAUCAAGAAAUGGCAGCCAGCGAAGCGCCGCCGCCCGCAGAGGCGACUGUGGAGGUCCAAACAACAGCGCCACCAAAGGAUCCGGAAGAAGUGACCCUAGAUGCCAUACUGAAGCAUUUGGGGCAGUUUGGCCGCUUCCAAUUGAUCAUCUUCCUGCUGAUCUGCCUGCCCAUGAUGUUCCAUGCGAUGUUCUCAGUGACGUACGUCUUCACCGCCAGCACUGUGACGCACAGAUGUCACAUUGCAGAGUGCGAUUCGCCCGAGAGCGCCUACGUUGAGCCGUGGACGGAGUUCAGCAUUCCCAGGAACGGGAAGGAUCUCGACCAGUGCAACCGCUACAGCAACGAUCAGCUGCCCCAGUGGAACCAGUCGGCCGGGGAGGAUAUAUGCCUGGCCGAGCAUUAUAGCGCGCACGUCGAAUCGUGUCCCGGCAAUAAAUUCGUAUUCCGCGACAGGGAGGAGCUAACCAUUUCCAAUGACUUUGGCAUUUACUGCGAUGAAGAAUGGAAGUUGUCGCUGGUCGGCACCAUCAACAACGUGGGACAGUUCUUUGGCAUUCCGAUUGGAGGCUAUGUGGCAGAUCGCUAUGGACGCAGCUUUUCCAUCGCCCUGGGCGGAAUUUUGGGCGCCGUGCUGGGCAUCGUUCGCUCCUUCUCGCCGAGCUACAUUUGGUUCCUGGUCUUUGAGUUCCUGGACAACAUGACAAGCAGCACUUUGUAUUCCACCUGCUUCGUGAUUGGCAUCGAGCUGGUGGGUCCCAAGCGUCGGGUGCUGGCCUGCAGUGUAAUCACGGUCUUCUAUGCCGUGGGGGAGGUGGCGCUGGCCAUGUUUGCCAAGGCCUACCCAGACUGGCGUAUUCUCCUGCGAAUCACCUACACGCCAUCUCUGAUUCUGCUGGCCUACUUCUGGAUCCUGCCGGAGAGCGUCCGCUGGCUUCUCAGCCAGAGCAAGGAGGAACGGGCCAAGGGCAUUCUGCGCCGGGCGGCCAAAGUGAACAAGCGGAAGCUCUCGGAUAGCUUGCUGGACAAGCUGAUCCUGGCCAAUCGGGACAAGCUGGAGCAGUCGGCGGAGAGCAGAUUUCCGAUUCGCGAGGCCUUCAAGAACUUCAAGUGGCGCAUAGCCAACUGUUCCCUUUGCUGGAUCGUCCAUGUGCUGGUCUACUACGGCCUGAGUCUGAAUGUUGUGCUGCUCGAUGGCAAUAAGUACAACAAUUUUGCCUACAUUGCGCUCGUGGAGAUUCCCGGGUUCUUCCUGCCGCUACUCAUCAUGGACCGCUUUGGGAGGCGCUACUCCCUCUGCGGGCUAAUGAUAUUCAGUGGCAUCUGCUGCAUCGGCACCAUCUUCGCCGGCGCAGAUCAGCCCGUGCUGCAGCUGGUGCUCUUCCUGGUCGGCAAGCUGACCAUCACGGCCAGUUUCCAGGUGCUUUACUUCUUCGCCUCGGAGAUCUAUCCAACGAAUCUAAGAAACAGUCUGCUCAGCUUCUGUUCCAUGAUGGGCAGAUUCGGCUCUAUGCUGGCCCCUCAAACGCCUCUUCUGGCCAAGUAUUAUGCCAGUGCCCCAGCCAUGCUCUUUGCGGGCGCAGCCAUCGUGAGUGGAUGCCUCACCCUGUUUUUCCCCGAAACCACGAACGUGAUUCUGCCCACCACAGUGCAGGAGGCGGAUGCCAUUGGCGUGAAGACGAAAUCCUCGAAGAGCCAGCAGGACCCGAAACAAACUGUUCCGUAAACAUAGCAUUAUCGUAAACACUAGGGCAGCCUGCAAAUACAAAGACACUGUUUUUUUUUUAAUUGUGUUAUAGUAUAAUCAUAAGAAUAAUCAUACCUAUAUGUACUACUCGUAUAAUCUACCAUUGCAAGGCCAAGAAAUUUGCAGGAAAGAAA